AUCGCGCAAAAGUCGCAGAAGUGGAUACAGAUGCAGAGAAAAAGAUAUGGUGAGAAGAGGAGAGGGGGAUACGUAGACAUGGGAAAGCAGGCGCGUCGUAUUGCUGAUUUACCACCUGAGCAUGUCCGCAAAAUUAUUAAAGACCACGGUGACAUGAGCAACCGCAAGUUCAGGAAUGAUAAGCGUGUUCAUCUCGGCGCUCUAAAGUAUGUUCCACAUGCUGUCAUGAAGUUGUUGGAGAACAUUCCUUUCCCUUGGGAGCAAGUACGCGAAGUUCCUGUGCUGUACCACAUAACUGGUGCCAUAACCUUCGUGAACGAAAUUCCUCGUGUCAUUGAACCCGUCUAUCACGCGCAGUGGAGCACAAUGUGGUUGGCGAUGCGUAGGGAGAAAAGGGAUCGUAGGCACUUCAAGCGUAUGCGAUUUCCGCCGUUCGACGAUGAGGAGCCUCCUUUGGACUAUGGCGACAAUGUCCUCGAUGUGGAUCCUCUAGAGGCAAUUCAGCUUGACCUUGACACGGAGGAAGAUAGUGCCGUCAUUGAUUGGUUCUAUGACCCCAAGCCUCUCAUUGACACUCCGUCUGUCAACGGGUCGUCUUACAAGUUUUGGUCGCUCUCAUUGCCAGUAAUGGCCAACUUGUAUCGUCUUGGAAGGACUUUGUUGUCAGACCAAGCCGACCGCAAUGCGACCUACCUUUUCGACAAAAAUGCUUUCUUCACGGCGAAAGCUCUCAAUAUGGCUAUUCCAGGUGGACCAAAGUUUGAACCUCUGUACCGCGACAUGGAUAACUUUGAUGAAGAUUGGAAUGAAUUCAACGAUAUCAACAAAGUCAUCAUCCGCCAACAAAUCCGUACCGAGUACAAAGUCGCUUUCCCGCAUUUAUACAAUUCUUUGCCGCGUUCAGUCCGCAUCUCGCCGUACCACUAUUCCAAAAACGUUUACAUCCGCACGGACGAUCCUGACCUACCUGCUUUCUAUUUCGAUCCUCUUAUCAACCCUAUCUCUUUGCGAGGGCACACGCCAAAGAAUGCACCACUUGUUUCUCAUGAAGACAGCAUUUUUGGUCCAAAUGAUACCGACGAUGACGAUUUUGUCUUGCCUGAGGCCGUUGAACCUUUCCUGCAGCAGAAGGACCUUGAAACCGAGCUCACAGCUGAUGGAAUUGCCUUAUGGUGGGCGCCAGAGCCGUAUGGGCGACGCUCGGGGCGAAUGAGGCGGGCGCAGGAUAUUCCCUUGGUGAAGAAUUGGUAUCUGGAACAUUGCCCUCCUGGCCAACCAGUGAAAGUCAGGGUUUCAUACCAGAAACUUCUCAAGUGCUUUGUUCUCAAUGAACUCAGAACGAGACCUGAGAAGGCGAUGACGAAGAAGAAUCUCUUCCGUCAAUUGAAAGCAACCAAGUUCUUCCAGACGACAAAACUGGACUGGGUUGAAGCCGGUUUGCAGGUCUGCAGGCAGGGGUAUAACAUGCUCAACCUCCUGAUCCAUCGCAAAAACUUGAACUAUCUGCAUCUUGACUACAACAUGAAUUUGAAGCCUGUGAAGACGCUGACUACUAAAGAGCGCAAGAAAUCCCGCUUUGGAAAUGCCUUCCAUUUGUGUCGUGAAAUUCUCCGCUUGACCAAGCUUGUUGUGGACGCUCACGUCCAGUUCCGUCUUGGAAACGUUGAUGCGUUCCAGCUUGCCGACGCCCUUCAGUACAUCUUUAGUCACAUUGGUGCACUGACCGGGAUGUAUCGCUAUAAAUACAAGCUUAUGAGGCAAGUUCGCAUGACUAAGGACUUGAAGCACCUGAUCUACUAUCGGUUCAACACAGGCCCUGUAGGGAAGGGUCCUGGUUGUGGUUUUUGGGCACCAGGUUGGCGUGUGUGGUUGUUCUUCAUGCGAGGAAUUGUUCCACUCCUUGAACGAUGGUUGGGUAACCUUCUUGCCCGUCAGUUCGAAGGCAGAAAUAGCAAAGGCAUCGCAAAGACGGUAACAAAACAACGAGUAGAGUCACACUACGAUUUGGAGUUGCGUGCUGCAGUUAUGCACGAUAUUCUGGACAUGAUGCCAGAGUCUAUCAAGCAAAAUAAGUCGAAGACGAUCUUGCAGCAUUUGUCGGAAGCAUGGAGGUGCUGGAAAGCCAACAUUCCGUGGAAGGUGCCGGGCAUGCCUACAGCUAUCGAAAACAUCAUCCUUCGGUACAUCAAGAGCAAGGCAGAUUGGUGGUGCUCAGUGGCUCACUAUAAUCGGGAACGUAUCAGGCGUGGCGCUACCGUCGACAAGGCCGUUGUGAAAAAGAAUCUUGGUCGCCUCACCCGUCUUUAUCUUAAAGCUGAGCAGGAGAGGCAACAUGGAUAUCUGAAGGAUGGCCCUUACAUCAGCGCCGAAGAGGCGGUGGCCAUUUACACGGCUACCGUCCACUGGCUGGAGAGCCGCAAGUUUGCUCCCAUUCCAUUCCCCCCGUUGUCAUAUAAGCACGAUACAAAACUUUUGGUCUUGGCUCUGGAGAAACUUAAGGAGGCGUAUUCCGUCAAAGGCCGUCUCAAUCAGUCACAGCGAGAGGAACUUGCGUUAAUAGAACAAGCUUACGAUAACCCUCACGAAUGUCUAUCACGUAUCAAGCGAUUGCUACUGACACAGCGCGCAUUCAAAGAGUCCGGCAUUGAGUUCUUCGAUACAUAUGACAAACUCAUCCCAUGCUACGAUAUCGAGCCUGUGGAGAAGAUAACGGAUGCUUAUCUGGAUCAAUUCCUCUUCUUCGAGGCUGACAAGCGUGGUCUUUUCCCUGCUUGGAUCAAGCCCGCCGACACUGAACCCCCUCCUCUGCUGGUUUACAAAUGGUGCCAAGGCAUCAACAACCUUACAGACAUCUGGGAAACUAGUGAAGGCGAAUGUAACGUGCUCAUGGAGACUGUGUUGUCCAAGGUCUACGAAAAGAUUGACUUGACACUCCUCAAUCGUCUUCUCCGUCUAAUCCUUGACCACAAUCUAGCAGAUUACAUCACGGCAAAAAAUAACACUGUUCUCACUUACAAGGAUAUGGCCCAUACUAAUGCGUUUGGCUUGAUUCGAGGGCUUCAAUUUUCUGCUUUCGUUUUCCAGUACUAUGGCCUUGUCCUCGAUCUUCUCAUCCUUGGGCUGCAACGAGCAAGUGAAAUGGCUGGCCCACCACAGAUGCCGAAUAAUUUCUUGCAAUACCGUGACUCAGCGACUGAGACCCGUCAUCCGAUUCGCCUCUACUCUCGUUAUGUCGACAGGCUCCACAUUCUAUUCAGGUUCACUGCGGACGAAGCUCGCGAUCUCAUCCAACGGUACCUUUCAGCCAAUCCUGACCCCACGAACAACAACGUUAUUGGUUAUAACAACAAACGUUGCUGGCCGAGAGAUUGCCGCAUGAGGCUCAUCAAACACGAUGUUAACUUGGGCCGGGCCGUUUUCUGGAACGUCAAGCAAAGUCUUCCGAGAUCUCUAACGACAAUCGAGUGGGAGGAUUCUUUUGUCAGUGUCUAUUCGCAAAACAACCCUCAGCUUCUUUUCUCUAUGUGUGGCUUUGAGAUCCGCAUUCUACCCAAGAUACGCACCAUGUCUGGGGAACAAUUUUCUUUGAAAGAUGCGGUCUGGAACUUGACCAACGAACAAUCCAAGGAGAGAACAGCUCAGGCAUUCCUUCGUGUAUCUGAUGAUGGCGUACAAGCAUUCAACAACAGGAUUCGUCAAGUUCUCAUGAGUUCAGGCUCCACGACUUUCUCCAAAAUUGUGAACAAAUGGAACACUGCUUUGAUUGGUCUCAUGACGUACUACCGCGAAGCUGUUAUCCAUACAAAUGAGCUUCUAGACUCCCUCGUCAAGGCGGAAAACAAAAUCCAAACCCGUGUCAAGAUUGGCCUGAACAGUAAAAUGCCAUCUCGUUUCCCGCCUGUUGUAUUCUACACGCCAAAGGAACUUGGCGGUCUUGGAAUGCUGUCUAUGGGACACGUCUUAAUUCCUCAAAGUGAUCUUCGAUGGUCGAAACAAACAGAUGUUGCUGUCACUCACUUCCGUGCUGGCAUGACACACGAGGAGGACCAAUUGAUUCCUAACUUGUAUCGCUAUCUUCAGCCAUGGGAAGCUGAAUUUUUGGACUCUGCUCGUGUAUGGUCAGAAUACUCCAUGAAACGCAAGGAAGCCAAUGCCCAAAAUCGACGGUUAACGCUAGAGGACUUGGAAGACAGUUGGGAUCGAGGUAUUCCCCGUAUCAACACCCUCUUCCAGAAGGACCGACAUACUUUGGCGUAUGACCGUGGAUGGCGUGUACGGACGGACUGGAAACAGUACCAACUUUUGAAGCACAACCCAUUCUGGUGGACAUCUCAGCGUCACGACGGAAAAUUGUGGCAACUCAACAACUACCGUGUGGACGUGAUCGCUGCGCUGGGAGGUGUCGAAGGUAUUCUGGAGCAUACCCUCUUCAAAGGAACAUAUUUCCCUACUUGGGAAGGUUUGUUCUGGGAGAAAGCAUCUGGAUUCGAGGAGUCAAUGCGAUACAAGAAGCUAACUAACGCCCAACGGUCUGGUCUCAAUCAAAUUCCUAAUCGUCGCUUUACUCUCUGGUGGAGUCCAACUAUAAAUCGUGCCAAUGUUUAUGUCGGUUUCCAAGUGCAGCUCGAUCUGACAGGCAUCUUCAUGCAUGGCAAAAUUCCUACCCUCAAAAUCAGUUUGAUUCAGAUCUUCCGAGCCCAUUUAUGGCAAAAGAUUCACGAAAGCGUGGUCAUGGAUUUGUGUCAAGUUUUCGAUCAGGAGCUUGAACCCUUGCAAAUCGAGACAGUCCAGAAGGAGACCAUUCAUCCUCGUAAGAGUUACAAGAUGAACUCCUCAUGUGCAGAUAUUCUGCUCUUUUCCGCUUAUAAGUGGAAUAUUUCACGACCCUCACUCGUCACUGAUGUGAAAGAUGUUCUGGAUGGAACUACCAGCAAUAAGUACUGGAUCGAUGUUCAGUUGAGAUGGGGUGACUUCGACACGCACGAUAUUGAACGCUACACUCGUGCCAAGUUCCUUGACUAUGUGUCUGAUUCUAUGAGUAUCUACCCGUCUCCUACGGGUGUCAUGAUCGGCAUGGAUCUGGCCUAUAACUUGUGGUCAGCCUACGGAAAUUGGUUCCCAGGAAUGAAGCCCUUGAUCCAACAAGCUAUGGCAAAGAUCAUGAAAGCGAACCCUGCUUGUCACGUGUUGCGAGAGCGUAUAAGAAAGGGUUUGCAGCUGUACUCUUCAGAGCCAACUGAGCCCUACUUGAACAGCCAGAAUUACUCUGAACUCUUUUCGAACCAAAUUAUCUGGUUCGUGGAUGACACCAACGUUUACCGUGUGACAAUCCACAAAACAUUCGAGGGAAAUUUAACCACCAAGCCCAUCAAUGGAGCAAUUUUCAUCUUCAAUCCUCGGUCUGGACAACUUUUCCUCAAGAUCAUCCACACAAGUGUUUGGGCUGGCCAAAAGCGUCUUGGCCAGCUAGCUAAGUGGAAGACUGCAGAAGAAGUUGCAGCCUUGGUGAGGUCUCUCCCUGUUGAGGAGCAGCCGAAACAAGUAAUUGUAACCAGGAAAGGCAUGCUGGAUCCACUGGAGGUCCAUCUCCUCGAUUUCCCAAAUAUCGUCAUCAAGGGAAGCGAACUUCAAUUGCCAUUCCAGGCAUGUAUGAAGAUGGAAAAGUUUGGCGAUCUAAUCUUGAGGGCCACACAACCGCAAAUGGUUCUCUUCAGUCUAUAUGAUGAUUGGCUUAAGUCCAUCUCAAGUUACACGGCCUUCUCUCGACUCAUUCUCCUCCUUCGUGGCCUUCAUGUUAACAACGAGAAAGCAAAGAUCAUUCUGCAUCCCGACAAAUCCACGAUUACGGAGCCCCACUUCGUAUGGCCUACUCUGAGUGAUGAAGAGUGGAUCAAGGUUGAAGUCGCCAUGAAGGAGCUGAUUCUUGCUGACUUUGGCAAACGAAACAGUGUUAACAUUGCCUCUUUAACCGUGAGCGAGGUUCGGGACAUCAUUCUAGGCCAGGAAAUUGCCGCUCCUUCCGUACAACGUCAACAAAUGGCUGAAUUGGAGAAGAGUUCAGAGGCGCAGGCCCAAGUCACUGCGGUUCAAACCCAAACUACCAACGUUCAUGGUGACACGAUUCAGACCGUUACCACCACCAAUUACGAACAACAGGUGUUCAGCAGUAAAUCGGAUUGGCGUGUUCGGGCCAUUUCCGCUACACAUCUUCCCCUCCGCCUCCAGCACAUUUAUGUGUCGAACGACGAUGUGAAAGACGACGCGGCCUCUUUCACAUAUGUCCUACCCAAGAACAUCCUUCGCGCAUUCAUAACUGCUGCAGACCUGAGAACACAGGUAGCAGCCUACUUGUAUGGUGUCUCUCCCGCCGAUAAUAAGCAGGUCAAGGAAAUCAAGGCUGUCGUUUGGGUCCCCCAACGAGGUAGCAAUAAUAGUGUGGAGCUGCCGGCCCAACUUCCCAAGGACGAUUUCUUACUCAAGGAUCUCGAGCCUUUGGGUUGGAUCAAGACGCAGGCACUUGAAAUAGCUCACCUUUCUCCAACCGAUGUCACAACGCAAGCAAAGCUCAUGGCGGACCAUCCUGAGUGGAGCUCGUCAUCGAUAUGUCUGACAGCAUCCUUCACUCCGGGGUCUGUUUCACUAUCCGCACACUCCCUCACCGUUCCUGGUUUCGAAUGGGGUCGAAAGAACCAGGACAACUCCGUCAAUCCUCCCGGUUUUAAUCCCAACAUGUCGGAGAGAGUACAGCUACUUCUUUCUGACCGCAUUCUUGGCAUGACGCUUGUUCCCGAGGGACGUGUCUGGAACUACGGAAUUGGUUUGACACAACUAUGGUCACCGAACCUCAGCUAUUCUAUGACACUUGAUACUCCGCUUCUCUUUUGGGCUGAGGAGCACAGGCCUGCUGCGUUCUUGAGUUUCGCCAACCUGGAACAAGCCGAAGACAGUGCGGAUGUAGAAAAUAGUUUCGCUUAAUUUCUUGUUGCUUUGUAUCUAGUAUCCACGCUGUAUACUUAUUCAUUGAAGGCUUUAAUC